CCAACGACUUUGACGCACCGAAACACCGACCGCAUCCCGUCCCCCCCUGCUUUUACCUCUUUCCUCCUCCCAAUCCUCCUCCACCUCUCUCUCUCUCUCUCUCUCUCUCUCAUUUCUUCUGCCCAUCGCCCAACUCAUUCCGUCUCCGGUACUCUGAGCCUUUCGGGAUCUCAUCAAACAGGGUUAGGAUUCGUGUCGGAACGGUUUAAAGAUCGAGCGAACGCCGGGGCCGUGCGGUUCUGGCCGGGAGGAAAGCUCGGUUCUUGAUUCUAGAGGCAUGGGCUGUCAAGCAGCUCAAUUUGUGCGAUCAGGCAACCGAUAAGCAUUGGUCCGGCAAUAGUACAAGAAAUAUGCAUAUUCCAUUUUAUGCCCAAGCAGAUGCAGUCAACAAUGAUCAUCAGUUCUCAAGUGAACUUAUGGCAGCUGAUGCAAGGCCACCUAACACAGGCUAUGUGCUUGAAAAUGGUGAUGUUGGCCUUUCGGCUCGGACAUCUGAUUCUUUAAUGAGGCAUGAAUUUCAAAUUGAUUCUGGUUCCAGUAAAAGAGCCAAAGUCAACAACCGCAUAUUGGAUCCAGAAAUCAUGGAACUUUACUAUAGAUCCCACAUUCAGGAAGAAGAGAUCCUUCUUCUCCGUAAGCAAAUCACUGACGCUAGCAUUAAAGAACUUCAGUUACUUAAUGAGAAGCAUAUUUUGGAGAGGAAGCUUUGUGAAUUGCGGAUAGCACUUGAUGAGAAGCAGGAUGAUGCAAUAGCUAGUGCCUUGAAAGAAUUGACUAAAAAGAGAAGCUAUUUUGAAGAAAACUUAAGAUUGGCCAAUAAUCUUAAGGUUGUAGAGGAUGAGAUGUAUGUACUAACUUCGUCAUUGCUAAGUCUAUUAGCUGAAUAUGACAUACGACCCCCUUCAAUCACUUCUUCUACAAUCUCCUCUUGUGUAAAGCAAUUAUACCAGCAUAUGCAAUGGAAGAUUAGAUCUUAUGGUAAUUUUGGUGAUAUGAACCAUCUCUUAGGAAAUCAACCUGAUAACCUGGUGGUUGAUAAGAAGCUUCAACAUCCAAGUUCUUCAAGAAAACAAUUGCCUCAUGCUUAUGUGGAACCAAUGAUACGUGAGCUUCGCCCAUCUGAUCAAUAUCCUAUGAAUCUGCAUAGCAAAUCUGCAUCUAAUCAGUUGAGAGCUACCCAAGAGUGCCUACCAUCUGAUAUUCAUAUGGAGGUUGGUGGUACUGGUGCUCCAAAUUCCUUUGAAGGUUAUGCUCAUGAGGAGACAAUUAGAUUACCAGAUACUGAUGCCCAAUUGCAUAUGGUGACAAAUCGUGGAUCCUUUAUUUCAGAAGCAGGUGAAUUUGACUUGCCAAGUAUAGAAGGGUUUCAGAUAUAUGGUGAGGCUCAACCAGGAUGUAAGUUACAAGCCUGUGGAUAUCCGACAAAUGGUACUACUCUUUGCACCUUUCAGUGGAUUCAUGAACUUGAUAAUGGCACUAGGCAGUAUAUUGAAGGAGCUACUGUUCCAGAAUAUGUGGUAACUGCUGAUGAUAUUGGCACUUUUCUUGCUGUAGACUGCACUCCCAUUGAUGACAGUGGCCGUCAGGGUCAUCUUGUGCGGCAGUUUGCCAAUAAUCAUAGCAAAAUAACAUGUGACCCAGAGAUGCAGCAUGAGAUCGAUGCCUAUAUUUCUGCAGGCAGAGCAAUAUUUGAUGUCAAAUUAUGGAAUGAUUCUAUCGACUGGGAACAAGCGGUUCUGAUCGUGAAACGUUCCACCUAUCUGAUUAUGAUCAAACAUACAGACAGAGUGGUAAUGGAAGAAAAAUAUUCACCCGAGCUAAAAAUCAAAGUUCCACUUGGGUACACAACCCAGUUUGUGUUGACCUGUUCAGAUGGAACUAAUCUACCACUUAGAACUGAUGGGACUAGUCAGCCAUAUAACUUGGAGAAUGAUGUUAGGCUACGUGAUAUGAUUGUGUUGACCAUGAGAUGCUUCCAGUCUAAGGCUGUUGAUGCUAAAAGAAAAGUCAAGGCCUAGAUGAUAUGGUACAAUUUUUUUUUGUUUGAACGUUUAGAGGCAAGUAAGUGUACGGUCAACUUUUCUUUUUUUUUUUUCUCUAUUUUUAAAGUGUUUUCUGUUUUUGAGUUUCAAUAAUGUGGGUUGUGUAUAGUUUUCCGCCCUGUGUUGUCAUAAAUUCAAGCAAGGAUUACGGUGAGAGGAUGGUUUUUUCGUUGAUCUGUUUUGUGUUCUUAAGCAAAUUAAAGUUAUUCUUUUGAUUAUAGUUCUGUUACUUGAGAUAUUUCUCUCUAACUAAGAAUCAUGGAUGAACAUGUUUUUUUUUUU